AUGGACCUCCAUCGGGCCACUUUCAAGAUGGAGAGCACCUCUUACAUGCCCAACCCCCUGGCCUCCCCUGCCCUGAUGGUCCUGGCCUCCACCGCGGAGGCUGGGCGCGAUGCCUCUGUGCCGUGCCCUCCCUCUCGCCCUUUCGGGGUACCGGUCUCCAUGGAGAAGGAUGCGCACCUGCCGUUCCCCAGCGGCUCCUACACCUUUGCCUCAAUGUACCACCGCCAGGGAGCGGUUCCUGGGGGUUUCCCUGGACGAGACUUCCCUGCUUCUGUGCUUCAUCUCCAUCCCCAGUUCGCCCCACCUAAUUUAGACUGCUCCCCGCUUGGCAUACUUAACCACGGUGGUGUGGGGGCCUUCCGACCCUUCGCCUCCCCUUCAGAGGAACGUGAUGGAGGGGGUUACCAGUCUGCUUUCACUCCUGCCAAAAGACUCAAGGGCUGUCUAGAGCCAGAGGCAUCGAUCCACCUACGCUACACAGACAUCGAUGGGAAAGAGUUUGACUUUGCUGGAGCUCAUAUCCCCUCUGGGUCACCUGGCACACUCAAGACAGGAGAGGAUGCUGGGAAGAAGUUGUUUGCCAUAUCUGGACUGCUGUCUGACCCAGAUGCCUCAUCCAGCCCAGGGGAGCGCAAAGAGCGCUGCAAAGUCAAAACACUGUAUGACAACCAGACACCCGUUUGUCCCAUAUGUCAGGUGGUACUGAGGCCGGGAGAGCUACAGGAACACAUGGAACAGGAGAUGGAGCGACUUUCCCAGUUACACUUGAGUAAAAGUCCCACACAAAAGAACUGCCUCACCCCAGGCACACCUAAGUCUCUGCUGUUGUCGGCACACAUCAAGCGUGAGGGGGACCCCUCCACCCCAUCCCCCCGUCCGGCGGACGAGGCUCUGCAGUCAGACAGAUACCAGACCUUUCUGCGAGUGCGGGCAAACAGGCAAACCAGGCUGAAUGCCCGACUUGGGAAGCUAAAAAGACGGAAAGCGGAGGAGGGCCAGAGAAACGGUGUAUGUGGAGGGGAGGCAGGCUUCGGGGAAAUGGGAAGAGAGGAGUAUGGAUGGAGCGAACUGAAGAGACUACAGAUGGCCACUGUGCUAAGAGGUUUCAAAGGUAGUGGCUUGGUGAACAGCACAUCUAAAGAAAAUCAUGACAGUGAUGCUGAUCUGGACGUGGAUGGAGACGACACACUGGAGUAUGGGAAAUCCCAAUACUCUGAGGCAGAUGUCCUUCCAUGUUCAAAAGAAGAAACCAGAGAGACAGAGGAGAGAGAUGUGCAAAGUGGAGCUGUUUUAAACGGGGGAACACCAACCAGCACGAUGACUCCAGAUUACACCAAAUGGACAAGCACAGAAGCUCCAUCCACAAGUAGUGGAGACCAGACCAAGCCUGAUGGAAGCCCCACAGAAAGGACAUGCAAAAACACUGACAUAGAGACAGAAAUGUCAGACGACUCCGCGUUCACCACACUCGAUGUGAUGAAGACCAGGAUCCGAGAACUGGAGAAACAGCUCUCUCGCGGGGAUAGAUAUAAAUGUCUCAUCUGCAUGGACUCCUAUACAAUACCUCUGACUUCUAUAGUGUGCUGGCAUGUGCACUGCGAGGAAUGCUGGCUGCGUACUUUGGGAGCUAAGAAACUGUGUCCUCAGUGUAACACCAUCACGUCGCCUGGCGACCUGAGGCGUGUGUACUUGUGA